AUGUCUCGCGGCGGCGGCACUACGCUCUACGUCACCGGCUUCGGCCACGGAACACGCGCUCGCGACCUUGCCUACGAGUUCGAACGCUAUGGUCGCCUUGUCCGUUGCGACAUUCCGGCUCCCCGUUCGGCUUCGUCUAGGCUCUUCGCCUUCGUCGAAUACGAGUCUCGCCGGGAUGCCGAUGAUGCGUACCACGAGAUGCACAACAAGCGCAUCGGCCGCGACGACUUGUUGAAGAUUGAGUGGGCACGUACUCCUCCCUCGGCAUCGUGGCGCUUCGACUCAGGACGUGACCGCCCCCGUGGUGAGCGCUCUGAGCGUGGUGGUGACCGAGGCGACCGUUCCGACCGCGGUGAUCGUGCAGACCGUGGGGUGCGUUCUCCACGCCGUCGCAGCACUUCCCCACGCCGUGAACGCGGUGCAUCCCCUCGCAAGGAUGACCGCCGCGAACGCGACUACGACCGCCGUGACCGUGACCGAUCAAGGAGUCCUAUUGACGGCGACCGCGAGAUGAAGGACGUCCGCGACCGUGAGGACGACCGAGGUGACCGUGAGCGUGGCGACCGCGAAGAGAGGCGCGACCGUGAGCGCGAGGCUGAGCCGCCUGCUGAACCCCGAAAGAUCGAAUCUCCUCCGCCUGCGGCUCAUGACGACCUGGACGUAGCUGAGUAAGCCAUGAGCUGGCAACCCUCCAGCAGGCAGUAUCCGGAUUACUGCCGCCGUGUGCACAAGGCUAGUAUUGACGCGCGUGCUCGAAAUUGGUACUUGCACAGUGUUUUUGUUGAGCGGAUAAUGGUUUCUGGGAUCAUGUUUUGUUUCUCCGAGUGGAGGCUAGAGUUACGUCUAUGUCCUGCCACGACAUUAAUGCAUUCAGCAGUCGAAAAAGCUCGAUUCGGAUCUUCUUUGGCGAACGGUCACGGCGAUUAUCAUUCGGUUCGGUCUUCUCGCCUUGUUUCGGUCGAUCGGUCGACAUCGAUGCGGUUCGAGUUCCUUGCCUCCUGUACACUAUUCGGUCGGUCCGUAGCACCUCGAAGUCUUCCAACCUC